UCUACGACUGCGACGACUCAGUAACCGGCAUUCGUACAAGUCGGACCUUCUAUCCUCUAUCUCCGUUGAUUGUUAAUCAGUUUCAAUUUUCCCACCGAGUUAAGAAAUCUCAAAGUGAGGAGGCUAAGAGCUAAGAGAAACCUACGAGCGUUGGCUUGUUCUUCAUCACGUCAUCGCUCAUCUUGAAGGUCUCGUGUAAUUUUCUGCCGAUCGAUACAUCGAGAGAAGAAAAACAACCAUGUCGCAACAACAAUAUUAUCCAUUCAAGUGCACUCCGACUGUUUAUCCCGCUGAGCCAUUUGACGCGAACGCAGACGCUGCUAUCUUGCGUAAAGCGAUGAAAGGCUUUGGUACGGAUGAAAAGGCGAUCAUUGAUGUGAUUACAAAAAGAGGCAUAGUACAAAGACUGGAGAUCGCGGAGGCGUAUAAGACUCUCUAUGGAAAGGAUUUGAUUAGCGAUCUAAAGAGCGAACUGACCGGGAAAUUGGAGGAUGUUAUCGUUGCUCUUAUGACACCAUUGCCACAUUACUAUGCCAAAGAGCUGCACGAUGCAGUGAGCGGCAUGGGUACGGAUGAGGAGGCAAUCGUCGAGAUUUUGUGUACUCUCAGUAAUUACGGCAUUCGUACGAUUGCUGCGUUUUAUGAGAAUUUAUAUGGCAAAACGCUUGAGAGUGAUCUGAAGGGUGAUACAUCUGGCCAUUUCAAGAGAUUAUUAGUGUCUCUCGUACAGGCAAACAGGGAUGAAAAUCAAGGUAUUGAUCAUGCUCAAGCUGCUGCUGAUGCUCAAGCGUUAUAUGAAGCUGGCGAAAAACAAUGGGGCACAGAUGAAUCACAAUUCAAUGCGAUUUUAGUAUCACGAAGUUAUCAGCAAUUGCGGCAAACGUUUAUUGAAUAUGAAAAAAUAUCGGGACAUGACAUAGAAGUUGCCAUAAAGAAGGAAUUUUCUGGCAAUAUUGAGAAAGGCCUGCUUGGAAUAGUAAAAUGUGUGAAGUCAAAGGUUGGAUUCUUUGCUGAACGUUUGUAUACCAGUAUGCAUGGCAUAGGCACGAAAGAUCGAACGCUAAUUCGUAUCAUUGUAUCUCGAAGCGAAAUUGACUUGGGUGAUAUUAAAAAGGCAUUCGAGGAACGCUAUGGAAAAUCACUAGAAAGUUGGAUAGCUGGAGAUACUUCCGGAGAUUACAAGAAGGCACUUCUUUCUCUGGUUUCCACAUAAUUUUGAUGAAGCAAUUAAAGCUUAAAUACUUUGUCCUAUUUACGCAUGGUAAUUGUAUCUAUAAAAAGUAACUUUUUUAUAUACGUCUGCACAGAUUCCAUGUCACAACUUAAUGUCGCUUAGUGUUCUAAUAAAAAAUUAGAGAGAAAAGAGAGUGCAUUUUUAAAUAUUACUUUUGUAAUACUUUUUGUGUGUGCAGAAUCUCUAUUGUAUUUAUAUUUAUUAUAUGUUUUAAUAUUCGGCAUUCUAAUCUUCAAAAAAUAAUUAUAUGCUUUUAAUAUAUAUACAUGUAUACUUUUUAUUGUUUUAUAAAUUUUUACUUUCAUCAAGAAUUUAUAUAAAGAAUCUCAAAUUAAAUAGAUAUAGGAAUGAGAAAUUAAUAGGAAUAAAAUCAAGGAAAACAUUCUA